CUUUGAACAGUUGCUUUUUCCUCUCACACAGGAGAUCUCAUUUUGAGACUGGAUAUAGUUGAAAUCAAACGACAUACUGAGAGGGUAUGAUGGCUAAGAACCCCCCGAAACCAGCCCCUCGCAGGAUCUUCCAAGAAAGGUUAAAGAUUACUGCUCUACCUUUGUAUUUUGAAGGGUUUUUGUUAGUCAAGAGGUCAGAAUACCAGGAAUAUAAACAUUACUGGACAGAGCUGAGAGGAACUACACUUUUCUUUUAUUCUGACAAAAAAAGUCCAACAUAUGUUGACAAGUUAGACCUAAUAGACCUCACAUGUCUUACUGACCAGAAUUCAACUGUAAAGAAUUGUGCAAAAUUCACCCUUGUUUUGCCAAAAGAGGAAGUGCAACUGAAGACAGAGAACACAGAAAGUGGGGAAGAAUGGAGAGGCUUCAUUCUUACAGUAACAGAGCUGUCAGUUCCCCUACACGUGUCCCUCCUCCCUGGGCAAGUAAUUCGACUGCACGAAGUCCUAGAGAGAGAGAGAAAAAGGAGGAUUGAGACAGAGCAGACGCCGAGCUCAGCUGUGGAAAAGAAGGAACCAACCGAAGAUUAUGCAGAUGUACUGAGCCCUAUGCCAGCAUGUUUUUAUACCGUGUCCCGAAAAGAAGCAACUGAGAUGCUUGAGAAGAACCCUUCUUUGGGAAAUAUGAUCCUGAGACCUGGUAGUGACAGCAAAAGCUACUCCAUCACUAUCCGGCAGGAGAUAGACAUGCCAAGAAUCAAGCACUAUAAAGUGAUGAGUGUAGGAAAAAACUACACUAUUGAACUGGAAAAACCCGUAACACUCCCAAACCUUUUCAGUGUCAUUGAUUAUUUCAUGAAAGAGACUCGAGGAAAUUUACGACCAUUUAUAUAUUCAGCUGAUGAAACCUUUGAGACUGAAGGAUUUCCUGUAACACCUCUAAAAUAAAAAAAAAAAGUUUAAGUGAUGGUGAAUCUGAUAUAAUUUGCUUCAUGUCACUUAUCUACUGUUAUGUAACAAACCACCCCAAAACAUGGUAGUUAAAUCAACAACCAUUUUAUUUGCUCACGAUUCUGUGCAUUGGUAAUUUGGAUUGGAUUCAGUUGGGCAGCUCCUUUCUAGUCUCACUUGCUGUCACUUACACAACUGUAACCAGCUGAUGGCCUGACCGGGGCUGCGUGUUUCAAGUUGGCCUCAUUCACACAUCUGGUGCCGGUGGCCAACUGGAGCUGGCUGAACCACUCUCCUCACGUAUUCUCUAAUACUUGAGGAGUUAGCUCAGGCUCUCUCAUGUGAGAUCUGACUUGUUAAGAGGUGAAGCAAACCUCAAGUCCUUGGGCUAGAAAUUCUUAGCGUUAAAGGAUCAAGUAUGGCCCUGUUGGGAGAUUUCAGUAUAUGUGAAACUGUGAAUUGAAUAAAUGGAUCCAAGUGUGAUAUAUCUUAUGUACAAAGGCUAAACUUCUUUCUUUCUACAAAAUUUAACUUACAUGCAAUAAAAUUCACUUUUUGGUAUACAGUCCAAUGAGUUGUGACAACCACCAUCAGAAUCAAGAUACAGAAAGUUCCAUCACCUCAAAAAAAUGCCCCGAUGUUCUUUCUUUGUAGUCAACCCUUCUUCUCACCCAAAAUCC